UUAUCCCCUCCUACAGAUAGUUUUUCCCGCCUUCGUGGUAUAGCUCUUCGACGGCCAGAUCAAAAGUGCACCCCUGCUAUCACUCCUGUCCUAACUGCUACAGGUAGCGUGGCGACACCAGCUAUGUCGCCAUCUAUGUUAGCCACAAUGAAUAGUGCAACCAGGGUUUUGGAAAACCUCACUGGUCACGAAGCAUUUCUGAUUCAGUUAGCCUCCUUCCGAUCGCAAGAAGUCCUAAUGAGCCUUCUCGCAGCCGUUGAGGCUGUACUUUCCACUACCUCAAUCACAGCGUCUGCACAUGUUUCUUCGUCCUCCGUGCCAUCGGCUUCUAGCAAUACAGCUAAUCUAUCUUAUCAAAGCCCAAGCUGUUCGGGCAUAAAUGUUGCAACUAAUGCUGCUAUUACCGGGACUGGAGACACACUAUCAAUACUCAGUCUUGCUCCGGCCUGUCUACUUCUGGACGCCCUUGCCGCGUCUUGCAAACUUGCCUGUUUCAGAACCUGUCUCAUUAAGCGGACUCAAUUACUUCAAGGACUCACGGACGCAUUGCAUCGACAUGUUGAUCUUCUCUCUGAACCUAGGUUCUAUUUCUAUAUAUUCCACUCACAGCUAAUUGCCAGCAUAUGUUGUUUAUUGCACAACAUGUUUGUUGGCGAUUUCCAUGUCGUCCAUAGCCUUUUGAAGCCCUCCUCAGAAUUUAGUACUUACUCUACUCACAUAGUACCGGAUUCCGUCUCCGAGGCUAAUUGUGCUCAAGAGUGUCCCUCGAAGUUAAUUGAUCGCCUUCUUUCCGGCAUUGGUCGCAUUCUCGAUCAGCCCGGUCAUGGACCCGAGCUUAGAGCAAUCACUGUCUCGCUAGCGGGUCAUCUCUUGCCUCACUGCGACCGCGAACAGCUGACAGAAUGGUGUGGAGUUAUCGAUACUGAGCCUCCCAACUCGUUGGAUCCUUGCUACACAUCUUCCUCUGAUCCUCCAUCUUCCCAAAACUCUGCGCCACCACCUUCUCCCAACAUGCUCCAGGCACGAGCUCGCCUCCUCCUUGCAAUCCUCGAUUCCUGCUCCACUCCCUUUGCUUUCGGUCGUUCUACUUCUGUCGUCCAGGAGACUAAGGCCAUUACCAAGGUGGAUACGCCUCUUAAAUCCGUUGUCGCUGAUAAUCGCUUCUCCGGUAAUUCAUUCCUUGAAGACGCAAAACCAAUUGCUCCCGAGCUAACUGCAGACUGCCAACUUUCAAGUCACUUACUUUCAGGCUGCUUACGCUGUCUGGCUGUCUGCACGCCCUACUGCCUCAGUCUGCGCUAUGCUAUCGGAGACUCGCGCAGGCGUGUUCAUCGCUUAGCGCGUCUUCUUCGAGCCCGGCUGCCUCCGGCUGACAAUGCUAAUAUUAAUGCAUCCCCUUCUCUGAAUAUAACGCAACCAAGGGAUGAGCUGCUGGCUGGCAAUGCUUGUCUGGUUCUCCAGCAGUGUGUUGCUGACACACCGAUGGCUGAACAUUUAGUAGGUAGUCCCGUAAUGCUCGAUUUGCUCUCCUUGAUGCAGGAGGCUACUCGUGUGGACGCCCGCCGGAACGCUGCCAUCCUUGCCAGCAAAUUGGCCCAGGCAAAUCAAGAACAUCGAGACCAUUUGUCCCAUUUAGAUGGCUUUAGUGUUCUGGCCAAAUUUAAUAAUUGGGGUUCGCAUACUGGCCGUCAUGAUGACAAUUACCAUCAACAACAGCAACAAGACAGCUCACUCAUGUCAAUGAUGAUGGCACAUAAGUUAAAUAAGGCCAGCUCUUUUGGGCACUAUUGUGGCGAAUAUCACAUUAAAAAAGCUGCUAGGGAUCCAGCGACACUCCAACUUGCCAAACAUAAUGACGUAGCUGAUGGUAACGAUGAUUAUGUUGAUACACUCCUCUACACUGUGAUUAUUGCAUUAAAAUAUGCCUUCUAA